AAUUAUAUAUCAAUAUGGCAUCAACAGUUGAAAGAUUUAUUACUGAGCUGAAAUCAAAGGUCAGCAUCAAGUCACCUUCCUCUCAGUCAGAGGAGAGCUUCCUAAUCAAGCAGUUUAAGUUCUUUGAUAUCUAUAACAGCGGAACUCUUAGUUAUGACAAUUUCUACAGAACAAUUGAAAAGAUUGGAAUCAUUAAGGACAAAGAGGAGGUUAGACAAGUGUUUCCAGAGCUCACUGGAAUUAACGAAGCAGGAGAAAUAGACUAUAGAGCGUUCUCUAAAUCUGUUUAUUCAGCAGCGACAGCUACUUAUCAGCCUCCAAGAACUGCUGUGACAGCAUACUCUCCUAGUAAAUCAUGAGUACUGGAUGAUAAGCACUCUUCUCAUCACAUCUUAAGGAGUGGGAUGAACAGUCAGGAUUAUCCUCUUGCGACCGCCACUCAUUUUUAUAGACCAUCUACUUCAGCAGCAAGGAAGAGUGUGAUGAAUCCUGAUUAUAUCAACAAGGAGUCGUUAGAGAUUUUGAACAAAGUUCUAGAUGACCCUAACUACGAAGGUACUGAAGAGUCGGAAGUUGAAUCUCAAGUGCAGCCAGAUCCUCCUAUUACAUACAACUAUGGCUAUGAGCCUGAGUAUUAUGACAAGAAUCAGUACUCUCAUAAAACAGCUACUAAGAGUCAGAUCCUAUAUGUUGAAAGAUUUAAGGAGGAGCUCAACAAUAGAGGAGGAAGAGGACUAGUUGGUUUAUUGAAACAAUUCAAACUUUUUGACACUGAUCAGAGCGGAUAUCUUGAUAAAUAUGAGUUCAAAAAGGCAGUCGAAGACUAUGAGAUCUACAUCCAUCCAAAAGAUCUUGACAACCUCUUUAACUCCUUCGAUGCAGACAUGAAUGGAAAAAUUGAAUACAACGAGUUUUUGCAAUCAAUAGCAGGCGCAUUGAAUAAAUAUAGGCUUCAGUUGGUGGAAAGAGCAUUUGACAAACUAGACCCUCAUGAUGAAGGAAGCAUUGACCUUGCUGAAAUGUUCUCAGUAUUUGAUGCUUACCGUCACCCUGAUGUGGCCAGCGGAAAGAAUGAUCCUGAAGGUGCUCUCAAUGAGUUCAAGGAUACAUUUGAGGUCUAUCAUAAUGUUCUUCAUGAUUAUGACUCAAGUGCUAAAGUUACAAGAACUGAAUUCACUGAUUAUUACACUUAUGUAUCUGCUCAAAUCGAGAAUGAUGUUCAUUUUGAUUUGCUAAUGAAUGGAGUUUGGAACCUUGACAAUAAGAAUAACUAUGAAGAAAUGCCAUAUGCUGGAUCUAAGUGUAAAAUCUCAAAAAUUGAUAGUCAUAGUCAAUGGCUAUCUGACCAUCACAGAAGAAUGUUCGGAGGAGAUGAUGGAAUCUCUCAGAAAGGAGACACAUCUUGGAUAACAACUCAUCAAGCUAAAUACAGAACAGAUGUGCCAGCUCCCCAUGUCUCAGCAGGAGUCCCAACCUGGCCAGCAGGUAUGCAAGGCAGUUGGCAAGGUGGUCAGAUGCAUGAAGACCAAAGAUUAGAUGCUUACUAUAGAAGGGGAUAA